UAUCCUCUAGUGCACCUACGGCGGUUCAAAUUAUCGUUCUCGUCGAGAUCAACGAUUAUUCGAUCGGGUAACGUGGGUUUCUCGAAAGCGAAACGAGGAUCUUGAAAUAUUUAAACAACCAAUCUUUCUUCCUUCCAUUCCGCGACUCUGGUUACAGUUUCACGUGGAGACCGAUAAGGAUGCUGGGAGAAACUUUAACGAGCAAUAAUUUCCAAGCAAUCGCGGUAAUUGCCCGCAAAGUCACGGCGCUGCGCUUCAACUUUGCCACUACGCGAGAAAGCUUCGUAGGCGAAGGAUUUCAAAAGCUAAGAUAAUGUAUCCGAUUUAUAUUGUCCUGCCGAUACUUUUGGUGGGAUCGUCGCUGGGUCAAAAUGUGACUGUGACUUCAGGAUUUUUUGGACUUGAGAAUGAUUAUAAUUUUGGACACAGCGGAUAUACGUAUCUACAGUCGAAUUCGACACUGAAUUCCCUUGAUCUCUCCGGAUGUCAAAAUUAUGAUGUGAACAAGAGCGCUUGCCACUUUCAGACUGAAGUUUUCCUCAAAGGGAAAAGUGACGUCACCUUGAUGAAGGCCUGGACCGCCGUCACUCUGAAGGACAACAUCGUCACAAUCCUCGGACUUCUUCUUCACUUGAAUAACGACACCAUCCCCGGGGAGCUAUAUCCUCCGCUUUAUUUUCUUUAUCAGGAGGUGCAGAGGGACAACUUCAGAGCGAUGGAUCUGUUGACGCGAGUUAAAUCGAUCGUCAAAAAUAAUCGCUUGAGUCAGCUGAUCGCGUUAUUCGGCAACUUGCAUCACGCAAUGCCAACGUACUGUAAAAGUGCUUCGGAGGAAGUGGGCAGGAUACUCAAUAAAAAGAAACUCAUGCUGAAGGAUAUCCUCUCGAGGGGAACCGUAACCGAAGAUGACAUAGAUGUCUUUCGGGAUAUAAAGCUCAUGUUGAUUCCACUGUUACGAAACAAAACCAUUGGCAAGAAUUACGACAAAAAGAUCGAACAGAAUCACGGUCGAGAAUUCGCACAAUUCUACUCGGCCAUUGUCAAUGGAAACGUCACUUUGACACAACCGGUACUUGCUGCUUUGAUACUCAACAUGAGGUACAGCACGUUAGAACCGGAUGCCAGAGAAGACUUAAGAUUCCUUGCCGACGUGCUACGAGAGAAUAGAAUAGAGGAUUGGGAUCCAGAUUUGAAAAGUGUCAAGGACAUCAGUGAUCCAUACAGCUUGGUCAGGUCAGUUCUCUCCACUAUGUUAGUCAAUUCGAAAGUGGAUAAUUUCAUUAAAAACAUAUUAGAACAUUUAUUACCCCAGUUAGUGAAAAAUCCCGAAAGUUCGGUCAAUCCUCAUUACAAAGUUAUGGAAAUAUUUUUCAACAAGCCAGAAUUAAACGUCACGCUCCUGUUCGAUAAGUAUUUUAAGAACGUUAAUUCGACCCAGAUCAAUUCGUUCCUCGAAUUUGUACAAAGUGGAAAGAUUAAUGUCCUAUUCGCCCUGAAAGGCUUCAUUCGUUUUUAUUACGAUUCGCCAAAUGAUCUGGCAUUAGCGGUACUGAGUCGGAUGAAGAAUCGUGUCCCAAUGGCGAGCGAGGUACGCGCUAAUCUCGAGAUGCUUCUAACGAAGAUACACAGAAAUAAUAAUCUGGCUGAUACGAAAAACGGAUGCAGGAGGAGAGUAACAAGUGAAUCGAUUAUGACGGUUCCAAACAACCUCAUCGAUAUCCCUUCCGUCAGUCGUUCAGUUUCGCCGGAUGAUACCCAGCUCCACCCUCGUCACGAGUCUUCGCAGAAAAUCUUCAACGUCCUGGACCAGUCCAUAACCAUGGAUCAUCUUCGUCUCAAUGCCACUGUCGAUUCCACUGUGGUUCUUCAUCCUAACAACGUCACAUCCUGUCCGGAAUUAGAUUUCGCCGGACCGCUGUCAGCCUGGUUAGAGAGUCUGAACGGUACCUCCAGCAACAACUUCUCUUCCGCUUGGGUGAGAAACGUGAGCGCAGUCCUCACGACUGUCUUGAACAAUUCGAAAAUCCAGGAGGAAGUUCGGUCCUUUGUGAGAAACACCCGAGGAAACUUUACCAGGCGAGAGCGACUGAUGAGCAUUCUAAAAUGGAUGCUGACCCUGAAGAAUAUUCGAGCCAUGCCCAUAGUAUACUACGAGAUCGUUCGUCUCUAUUGUAUCUUGGAGUACAAGAAGGAUGAUCGCAUGGUACAGGAAUUAGUGAACGACCCAAAUCUGGAUGAUCAUCCGUCAUCGAAUAUAAUCCUAAAUUUGAACGGUAACAUUAGUAUACCGCUAACUAGAUUCCUUGAGGAUGCAGACAAUCUGAAAGACUUAUCAGGAAUUGAUCCGAAUGCUUAUACGAGCAAGCGAAUGCUACUCAUGGCUCUGUUCAAGAGGAUGCUGGGUCUCCAGAGUAUUCAGGCAGAUCCUCUUCUUUUCAACGAGAUCAUUCGUCUGCUGCAUUCCGUGCAGACCUUGUUUUUCAGAUUUGACCAACUGACGGAAGUGGUCGUCGCCAGUAACUCGGCAGACGCCGCGUUCACCGCCAUUGUCGCAGAGUUCCUGUCGCGCUCGAAUCUUCUCGCCAUUCUGGGCGAAGAUUUGGACAUUGGUCGAUACACGACCAAGGGUACCAUGUUGAAGGCAAUAAUGGAGACAGCGCUGAACUCCAGUGUGGUCAAAGGGAAUGUCCAAGUGAGCACAGCCAUAAAAUGGACGUUGCCAAACAUCGAUUGCACUGGAUUCGGAUCGGAGCCAGUAAAGUUUAUCCAGCCGGAGGAUAUUAUGUCGAACUACGUAAACUUGGACAGAAUGAUGCAGGUUGCCGUGGACAGGACGAGGAUGACACCGGAUAUCGUCAGAGCAUUCGUAAACAUGUCCAACUGGUACGAAGGGACUUUCGAUCCGAUGCGGUAUAUACGUGGACUGAACAUCAAUCUCUACGACACGAGGGCCCAAUUUCUUCAGGGUUAUCUGGAUAAUUUGGCAAAAACGGUAAAGGAGAAUGCUGCCGUUAUGGAAAAGGACAUUGAGCUCAUGAAGUCGGCCAUACUGACGAACGGAACUGGCGCGGAACCGGUGGAUUAUAUUUGACUAAAGUGCUCGUUAAGGAGCCAUUACUGUAUAUGUAUGGAAAAAGCGAAGGAAUAAACAUAAGAUUACGUAGAA